AUGUUGGUGGACAUGGACUAUGAUCUCUUAGAAGACGCUGUGAGCCAAAGGAAAAUGGUACCUGUUACUCGAGAUGAAGGACCUGCGCGUGUAGACAAAGGAAAAGGGAUCAUGACGAACGCUAAGAUGCAGCGUGAGCCUUUUCUAGAAAAAAUAGUGGGCCCAAUGGGAAUGGAGAGCGGAGUGAAACUACCUCCACAUGCGGGUGCUGACCCAGCAGAUGAAAGCUCAUCGGAUGAAAGUAUUUUCCUUGGUGCGUGA